UGGCAACACCGAAGCAAGGUUUUAUUUUCUAUGUGUGAGCCCUCUAUAAUUAUUUGAGCGGUGAAUACCUUUUGCUUUUACCGAAAAAAGAAAAGAGAAGAGCAUACACCCCAAAACGUGCACAAUAUGCAUCAGGAACAAGAUGAACACUAUGAAUCUGUAGACCUGCACAUUCGCUGGAACGAAGGUCAAGAUCUCGUAAUACGAGCUUCUCCACUUGACUCUAUAGCCGACAUUAAGCAAAAGAUUCGACAUUCGGCACCACAAGCACAAGACAAACAUAUCCGCCUUAUUCGAAAUGGACGUGUUCUAGACGAUGCUCGACGGUUGUGUGGUUACGGGAUUGGCCAACUUGUUCGCGACACCAACUCAAAAGCCAAAGUACCACCACCACCACCUGUCUAUAUCCACUGCUCUGUAUCCGACUAUAUCCCUCCUACACCACAACCACGCCCACAGCAAUCGUCCUCUUCUUCUACCUCUACUGCUACUACUUCACCCAAUAAUAACGAACCACAAAUGUCACCACCCACUGGAUUCGAUCGACUACGAGAAUCUGGAUUUUCCGAAGAAGAUAUACAAGGCAUUCGAGCAAGGUUUCAUCGAAUGCAUGGCACUGGUGGCGAUGAUAAUUCAGAAGAAGCACGGAAUUUGGAGGAGCAGUGGAUAGACAAUACUACUGAAACACUUGCAGAUGGAACUGUACAAGGAACAUACAAAGAAAUGAUGUGGGGUUUAAUAUUGGGAUUCUUUGUGGGCAUUAUCUGCUUGUUCUGGUUUCGAGAAUCUGUUUUUACGCGACGGCAUCAAAUGGGAAUUGUUGCAGGAAUUCUGAUUAAUAUCUCGUUUGGUGUCCUCCAUGUAUACUAUUAGAGUGCUGAUGUUGUCGCGUAUAAAAUAAACCUAUACAUUGCCUCAGUUGGAUGCUUAUUCAGAAGCUGAUGAAACAGGC